AAUUCAUCCGACAAAUCACCAUGAGACCUGAGCCUGACGGGCCCCUUUCUAACUAACCAGCUUCUCUUUCAUGUUUCAUCCUCCAAUAUGGCUACCAUUUCUGGAGCAUCCCCACUCCGAGACGCCCAAUCGGGUGCCAUGUCACCCGAGACUCCUUACGAUUGGCCCGGGUUUCUCAAUUCAGCUCUAAGUAACCCUAACUGGAUCUCCAGGAACAUCUUUCCUCCCACUCGCGCCAUUGUUACUGGUGCCGGCCGGGUGCUCACCUCUGUUCUUGGCUUUGAGUCCUCAUCCUCUUCUUCAUCUUCGGAAUGCGGUUCCUGUCCAGAUGACUCUCUUGACAACAACGAUGACCAGGAAGUCUCAUCUCAAGGGGUUCAUGCAAUUGAAGAUAGAGAGCCCCAAUCUUUUGCAGGAAAGAACAAAGCUAAGCAUAUAGUAGAGCAGCUUCUCAUGCAGGAGUCUUUCUCAAGGCAAGAGUGUGAUAAACUAACAGAUAUUAUCAAGUCAAGAGUUGUGGAUUCUCCUGCAAUCUGUGGCUUGGGGAUUGGGAGACUAGAUGAAACACCUGAGAGAACAGCUGUUUUGGAGGCGGCAACAAAGUUGUUGGAGGAGAAGAAGUCGGGACUAAAUUAUAAGUCAGAAGUGCCUCAUGGGACCUCUGCACUGAACUCUGUUGUGCUGAAACAUGAUGUUGAAGGUGAAGUGGGAUCACCUAUGGACAUGGCCAGGUCAUACAUGCAAACCCAUCCUCCAUGGGCAUCACCUUCUAAAAACAAUACUGAUUUUAGAUCUCCAUCAUCAGUUGCAAUGUCACUCUUCAAGGAAGAGCCACCAUAUUCAAUUGGGGCCAAUUUCCUGUACUCAUGCAAGCGGAAAAGAAAUUCUCUUGCCAACGGCUCAUGGAACAUCCAAGAUGAAAUACGAAGAGUGAGAUAUAAAGCAACAGAAGAAAUGCUGGGAAAUCUACCGUCCUCAAAAAUUGGUUGGCCUUCAUUACCAUCAGAAAAUAAAAAGGUUCCUGAUUCUAGAGUUUCCAUUAACUUAGAACCUGCAAAGGAAGACAAGUCACAGAGGUCUAAAAGGCCAGUAGAUGCAUCUAUAGGCCUGGCUACAAAACCAGCUUCACAGAUUACAAAAGAUGUAUUUCAUAUUGAUGCUUUACCAAGAUCAACUCCACUUGGUUGUGAACAAAACCUGGUUAUGCAAACCACUCAAAGCAUUGAGGUGGAAAAAGAUCAAUGUUCAUUUUCUUUGAUUCUAAAAAAAAAAACAAUGUUCAUUUUCUUGGAACUUCUAAUCUAUUCAUGUCUUAGUGAUGUUGAUGAUCCCGAUACCAAUCGUUUAAAGGAAUCCAAUGGGCCUACCCAACCGUUUAGCUGUACUAAUGAAGGGAUUGUUCAGGAUUCACAAGUAGAAGAUGAAAACUAUUGGACAUUAAAAAAAGUUGCUGGAAUAGGCAGUCCCAACGGGUUCCCUUCAGUCUCCAAUAUGUCUUCUGAAGCGGAUAAAGAGCAAAAUCCUAGACCAAUUAUUAGCAAGGAAGACGAGGCAGUUGCACGCGGAGAUGACAAUGCAUCUGGAGUUGUGGCGGAGGAGAAGCGUAAGCUUCUGUGUGAGGCUUCUACGGAGGUGCCAACGGCGAAUGAAACCGAUGCUGCUGCCUCUGGUUCCCAACACAGUUGGAACAUGCAGCAUGAAGGUUCACCAGGCCAGAAUACACCAACAUCAAAAGGCAGCUUGGCAGGCAAAAGCGACUUUAGUAUAGAGCAGCAGCAGCAGCAGCAGGGAGAGAAAGUGAGCAGAUACAGCAUGAGAGACAGAGGACGACGGCAAUGACACUGUAUCAUGCAAGGACUAAUUGUAAAAUGGCGCGUGUAAACUAGCCGACGCGAAAGAUGAUGGCAUGACAGACGGUACAUUUGUAAGCUGUAGGAAAAUUUACAAAAACGGCAUCAAAGCCACCCAUUCUUUUAGCUGCCUGCGUGUAGGGUGGUUGAGAUUUAGGCGUCAGAUUUUAGGUGGGAAUCUAGGUCGUUACUUUUUCAUCCAUUAAC